CUGUGUAUUGCUCUUUGUCGGAUUUCUCCGUCUGAACAUAACGGGUUCAUUCGUUGGACUUACAAAUCUGAACAACUAUUUUCUCUAGUUAAAAUAAAUAUAUUUUCUGCGUUAGAUAAUUUUUGUGCACUGUUUAUUCUCUUUUACCUGAUUCGUGCGUCACCCAUUGUCAAAAAUGAUUCAACGCAAAGUUUUUUAUUAUUCGCGCAAAAUACAUUUCUGGCGAUUUAGCGUCCUCUGGUGACUUCCAACUGAAGAUUGAUAGCAAGAGUUGAAUUAGUAGAAUGUAGUUGAAUCAGUUGAAUUCGAAAAUGGCAAACCGCACGGUAAAAGAUGCUAAAUCUAUUCGCGGAACAAAUCCACAAUACUUGAUUGAGAAGAUUAUCAGAUCUCGGAUAUACGACUCUAAAUACUGGAAAGAAGAAUGUUUUGCUUUAACAGCCGAACUGUUAGUCGACAAGGCAAUGGAGUUGAGGUUUCUAGGAGGAGUUUAUGGCGGUAAUGUGAAGCCUACUCCUUUUCUUUGCCUCAUAUUGAAAAUGCUCCAAAUACAACCUGAGAAGGACAUCAUAGUUGAAUUUAUAAAGAACGAAGAGUUUAAAUAUGUUCGGGCUUUGGGUGCACUGUAUAUGAGAUUAACUGGUUCUUCCCUCGACUGUUAUAAAUAUCUCGAACCAUUAUUCAAUGACAAUAGAAAACUUAGAAUUCAAAAUAAACAGGGUGUAUUCGAGCUUGUACACAUGGACGAAUUCAUUGACAUUCUUCUCAGGGAUGAAAGGUGUUGUGACGUUAUUUUACCAAGAAUUCAAAAGAGGCACGUUUUAGAGGAAAAUAAUGAGUUAGAAGCGAAGAUAUCAGCAUUGGAAGAUGAUAUGGAUGAUGGUAUUGAAUCAUCAGAGGAAGAAGAGAUUCCACCGAUUAAGGAAUUACCACGUAAGAGACCGGAUGAUCACGAACGGGAAAGAGAUCGUCACAGAGAAAGAGAUAAGAGGCAUUCUCGAACAGAGAAGAAAUCCGAUAAGGAGAAGCAAAGAUCGAGAAGCAGAGAAAGGGACAGAGAUAGAGACAGGAGAGAGCGUAAACGCAGUAAAUCGCCAAAAUCUCAUUCAACAUCGCACAAAGAUAAGGACAGGGACAGAGAUCGUCAUAGAAGAGAUGAUAGAGAGAGGGAGAGAGAACGAGAAAGAGAAAGGGACCGUGAUCGUAGAAGAGAACGCGACAGAAUUAGACAUUAAGAUUAAGAUUAAAGUGUGACGAUAUGGAAAAUCUUUUGGUCAAAUUUUAUAUGAGAAAUGAAUUGAUAAUAUUUAACUUUUCUUAUGCUCUUAUCAAUGGCUGCGUUCAGCAGAACGUUUAUUUUGCAACUGCUGGAAGUUUUCUUCGCGCUGAUUGAGUUAUGCUUUUAGAUCAAGGAGAAUGGUCCUAUCUCAGCAAAGAAUCAUAAAACGGUUGUGUUGUACUGAAUACAGCCAAUGCUCGUAUAUUUUUAGCGUCAGUAUGUGACAAGAAUUCGGUAUUAAAACUACAACAUGUACCCGGAAUCGUAUCUGUUGUAACAUAUUCAAAUAUAUGUACAUUUUCACAUUAUUUGUGUUAUAUUACAAUUACUUUAUUAAAUAACAAAAUAGCGAUAUCGAUUAUAUACCAAUGAUUAAUAAUGGACGAAUAAUAACUAUAUUCCUGUCUUUUUUGGAACGUAUAUGUAAUGAAGAUGUUUUACUUUGGAAUCCUUGAUGCUUCUCACACAUUUUCGAAAUUUGAUCGA